UACACAAAUUAUAUGUAUAAUAGGCGAAUGCUAUUUAUUGCGGAAGUAAUGGCUUCCUAAAUUUUAAUUGCUGAUUUUCAUUUUUUAAUGUUACAAAUCUUAAUUUUUACGAAAAGGAACGAAGUACAGAGUGUUUAUGAUAGUAAAAGUGCUCUCUGUUAAGAAUUUUGCUAUCCGGUUUCAUUUAUUUAGUCUUAUAUGCCGCGUCUAUAAAUCUACAAAGAAGUAUUCCCAAAAUGAUCAUUUUUUAAAUAUAAACAAGACAAAAUUGCCGGUUUCGAGCAAGUUAUCAAUGAAACCUAAAGUGUUAUGUGUUUUACGUAAAAAAGAGAGAUGUAAUGUGAUGAGUUGAUGAGUAAUGAACAUGUAUCCCAGUUAAUUGCCAGAUAUUGGAAAGACAGCUUAGUUUUGAUAUGGGUGAUGCUGGCGGGACUAUGUCAGUUAGAGGUAAAUUUAAAGGAAAAGUUGGUGAAGAUGAGGAUUCGGAAGAGGAAGUAUGGAAUAGCGAGGACGAAGAUGAAACAAUUACAAGAAUACAACGCGCACAUUUCGCACAGGCUGCAGCUAUGAACCCUCGGAGGAGAGUCAACUCACGUCCACGGCCAAUGAGCCAUAAAAGAAAAAUGGAAGCUGUUAAAACGUUUCAUAAUUUUACGAAAAAAUUAAAAAAGGACACUGGGAUUACAAUACGCAGUUUAAUUGGUCAAAAUGUAUUAGACUUAAGUGAUUUUUCUAGUGAUGACAAAAAUACUGACAGUGAUGGAUUAUCAGAAGAAGAGUUUACAGUUGAUCCUAGUGCUGCUCAGGAAUUGAAUGAAGAAAAUAAUAGUUACAUUGACCCAGAAACUGGUGAUAUUGUUGAAUCUAAAAAAACGAAACAAAUGGAGUCAGAAAUACCUGAAUCGGUAGGGUGUGAGUUGAUGGUUCAUAAAAGUGAUGAGGAACCAAAGACGCUUACAAUUAGUGAUAUUAUAAAUGAAGGUGAAUUAGAUUUGACAAAAAAUGUUGAGAUAGCUGAAGUGGAGCAAGAAGAGUUGUGUUCUGAUAAAUCAGCUGAGGAGUUCUUAAAUAUGACAAACCAAGAAGAGGCCAGUACAAACUUUGAUGUUGCAGAAAAGUUAAAGGAAAUGGAACAGAUCAGUGUAAAACCUGUAAAUAAUGUUGAGCAAGAAGAUAAGAAAGAUCCUAGUGAAGAAAAGCAAGCAGAAACAGACGAGGAGAAAAAAGCAUUAAAUACUAAUGCACUGAACGUCCGUCGAAACAUUAGGGAAGUUAUGGAUGAGAAAAAUCUAGAUGCAUCUACAUUGGCAGCCCAGAGACAAGAAUCUGAGAGAUUGGCUCGUGUUCAGGAACAGCAGAGAAUUAUUAGAGAGGUUCAAAGGCAGAUAGCUCUAAAUAGGCAAAACAAAAUACAUCAAAAGACACUAUCGUUACUUCAGGGUGGUUCAUCCUUACUGAAAAAGGGUAGCACUGGACAAAAAUUAAACUUACCAAACACAGUAUUGGUAAAAUUACCCUCUGGUGAAGUUAAGAAGACAUCGGUUAAGCAAGGUCAACUUGAAGUUACGAAAGUUUCAAAACCUACAACCUCUGGAACUAGCAUUUUACAAAAACAAGUCAAACCUGAUCAAAAGUCUGAGAAAAAAGAGGUGGUUGAAAUAGUAGAUAGUAGUAGUGGAGAAGAGUCAUCUUCAUCGUCAUCUGAUUCAGACGAUUGUAUAAUGUUGUCAGAUUCUGAAGUUCCUCCUAGUCCAGAAGCAGAAGAAGAUCCAGGAAAUUCUGGCCUUCAUGUCAAUGACACAUAUAAUGUACCAGAUGAACAAGGCCGUGUCUUAAUAAACAUUGGUCAUGCAGAAAAUGAAGAAGAUAUAUUCCUGGCACCGCAAAUUGCAAGGGUUAUUAAACCACACCAAAUCGGUGGCGUUAGAUUCUUGUUUGACAAUAUUAUAGAAUCUGUGCAGAGAUUUUCAACAUCUACUGGUUUUGGCUGCAUAUUGGCGCAUUCCAUGGGUUUAGGAAAAACACUCCAAAUUGUCUGCUUCUGUGAUAUAUUUCUUCGGCACACUAAUUCUAAGACAGUUUUGUGUAUUAUGCCUAUUAAUACUCUUCAAAAUUGGGUUGCUGAAUUUAAUAUGUGGCUACCCUUAGAUGCGACAAAUAGUCCCUUAGCAGCGCACGGUGAAGUUCGACCCCGAAAUUUUCCUAUAUAUGUUUUAAAUGAUAGUCACAAAACAUUGCAAAUGCGAGCGAAAGUUGUUAAGGAAUGGUCAACAGUAGGUGGUGUUUUAAUGAUAGGCUAUGAGCUCUAUAGAUUGCUAAGUAUGAAAAAAGAUAAGAAACCUCGUAAGAAGAAGAAAGUUGAUAAAAGUGAAGCAGACAAGGAAAUAGAAGAAAAGAAAUGUGAGAAAUUGGAUGAUGAUAUUCAGGGAACAAACUCUAAAUUACAAGAUCCUAGAGCAGAUAAGGAUGAUGGUGAUUUAUCCAAAUUAGAGGCAGAAAUAAAAGAUGAAAAGAAGGAGGACACACCUGAUGAAGACAAAAAGCUUUUAGAUGAAAUGUACGAAGCUCUAGUUAAACCAGGACCAGAUCUCGUAAUUUGCGAUGAAGGACAUCGCAUCAAAAACUCGCAUUCAAAUAUAUCUUAUGCUUUAAAACAAAUGAGAACUAAACGUCGAGUGGUAUUAACAGGUUAUCCCCUUCAAAAUAAUUUGCUUGAAUAUUGGUGCAUGGUAGACUUUGUGCGCCCAAAUUAUUUGGGUAGCAAAACCGAGUUUUGCAAUAUGUUUGAAAGACCAAUUCAAAAUGGACAGUGUAUAGACUCUACUCCUCAAGAUAUAAGGCUUAUGAGAUACAGAGCACAUGUUCUACACUCCUUGCUCGUAGGCUUUGUACAAAGGCGUUCUCAUGCUGUGUUGCAGUCAACAUUACCUCAAAAAGAGGAAUACGUACUUCUUGUACGAAUGACGCCAUUGCAACGUAAAUUGUAUGAUAGGUUUAUGAACGAAGUAGUGAGAUCUGCAUCUGUACCUAAUCCUUUGAAGGCAUUUGCUAUAUGUUGCAAGAUUUGGAAUCACCCAGAUGUACUGUAUAAUUUUUUGAAAAAACGAAAUGAAGUUAAUGCAGCUAUAGAAGAAGAUUUGGAUUUGGAAGAAAUUGGAGGUGUUACUAAAGCUGGUCGCGCAAAAAACAGCAAAGCAUCAACUAGAAGAGCGGCGAAGCCACGGGGAUCAAAAAAACCUGCAGCGACAAUACAACCGAAUACCAAUACUACUGCAUCGACGCCGUCUCGACAAGAUUCUACUUCCUUUUCAGAUGGAUCAUACCCUUCCAAUGGGCCAUAUGGAUCUAACUCGUUUCCAAAUCCUACAUCCGAUCGUCCUGCUUCUGGUAGUUCUUUUUCUCCAUAUCCUCCUUAUCAAAAUUCUAAUACAGGUUACUUUCCGCCUAAUCCCAGUUUUAAUCCAGAAUAUGGAAAUAAUUAUUAUUCCCAGCAAACACCAGCAUCCUAUAGUGGUAAUUAUCCUAACCAAUAUCCCCCCGGUAAUCCAGAGCAAGGAUAUAAUCAAAAUUAUUGGGGAAAUAGUAACUAUUAUGGUAAUCAAGGAUACUAUAGUAAUCAGCAAUAUGGAUCUAAUCAAACACCUACAGAAUUCAAUGGCAAUCCACCACCAAACUAUAAUAACACUCAACAAUAUCCAUCAAAUUAUAAUCCAUCCUCAGGCAAUACACCAUAUCCCGGAAAUUCUAUGCCAUCUUACUCUAAUAAUCAAGAAGGUUAUGGAAAUCAAAGCAGACCUCCAUAUCAAGGAUCAUUUUCAAAUACGUCUGAUUAUCCACAGUAUAAUGCUCAAAAUUCUUCUUCAGAAUAUCGCAAUAACCCACCAAAUCAAGAAUUCCCAAAUCAAACAUAUCCUCAGACGUUCACUGGAAAUACAGCAUACGAAGGAAAUCCACCACCUUCCUAUAAUCAGUUUGGUAAUCAGCCUCCAAAUUACCCCAACUAUGCAAAUAAUAUGCCUCAACAGCAAAACCAAGGAAAUGUCAUAACUAAUCAAUCUCAAGGGUGCACCGUUUCUAAUCAAUCCGUUGUGAAAACUGAAUGUGCAAUGGAUCCUAACUAUCAUUCCACUGAUGUAAAACCAGAACAAAAUGAAUCACAAACUUCUGCAUCUGCACCUUAUAGUGACCCGUAUGUUUAUCAUAACCAGCAUUCUCAAAGGUAUCCAGACGCCGAAAAUCUAAACAGCAACUACAAUUGCCCGUAUCCUAAUUAUCCUCCACUUGAAACUAAACCACCAUUGUGUAGCGCCAGUUCCGGUAGCCCUGUUACUUCUUGGCCUUUAACGGAAACAUUGAAAACUGAAGUUGAUAAAUUAAAAGCUGAAGAAAAAAUGGAAAUGAAAUCUGAGUCUGAUGGCGAAGUUAAAAUUGAAGAUCUAGAUACUAAGAAAAUUGUUAAGGAUGAAGUUAAAAAGGAAUUUAACAUGCAGCAGACACUACCUAAAACAAUGGCUAUGCAAACUUUUAGUAGUAGUGAAAAAACUUCCAAUACUGAUUCUGCUAAAAGUACUGUGGUAGAAAAAGAUAUAGAAACUUCUAAGAAGGGCAGACAAAAGAACAAAGGUAAAGAAGAUAAAAAAACCGAUAAACCGAAGCCCAAAGGCAAAGCGAGUAAAGCCAAAGGGCGGAAAGAUCGAAAAACGUCAAAAGAAAAGAAUGAUGAAUCAGAAUCGGAGGAGAGUGAAAAAGAAGAAAAAUUAAAUAAAGAAGAAGAACUGGCCUUGACAAAAAAGGCAGAAGAAGUUACAUAUGAAUGGGCAUCUGAAUUAUUUAAGGACUACAUACCCGGCAUAAUAGAAAACUCUGCUAAGAUGGAGCUUUUCUUUUACAUAUUAAAUGAGAGUAUUAAACUCGGAGACAGGUUAUUGUUGUUUAGUCAAAGUUUGUUUACUCUUAAUCUUAUUGAAGAUUUUCUGGAGAGAAAUUUUAUUCCUGGUACCACAAGAUAUUGGGAGAGAAAUACUUCAUACUAUCGCUUAGACGGUUCAACACACGCACUAGAACGAGAAAAACUAAUCAAUGAGUUUAAUGCAAAUCCUCAUGUAUAUUUAUUCUUAGUAUCAACACGUGCGGGCUCAUUAGGUAUCAAUCUAGUCGGCGCUAAUCGUGUCAUUGUAUUUGAUGCAAGUUGGAAUCCUUGUCAUGAUACGCAAGCUGUCUGCAGAGUAUACAGAUAUGGGCAAAAGAAGCCUUGCUUCGUAUAUAGAUUUGUAAUGGAUUGUUGUCUUGAAAAGAAGAUAUAUGACAGACAAAUAAACAAGCAGGGAAUGGCAGAUCGUGUUGUAGAUGAAUGUAAUCCAGAUGCUGUUCUUUCAAUGAAGGAAAUAACGAAUUUAUGUUUUGAUAAUGACGAAAAGGAAUCAGAAAUUAAGGAUUUAUCAGAGCACAAGGAUAAAUACAUAGAUAAACUGAUGCAAGGAAUUAUAAUGUUACACGGAAAUUUGUUGAGCAAAGAGCCCUUCCAACAUGAAUCAUUGCUGGUGGAUAGAAAGGAAAAGAAACUGUCCAGUGCUGAAAAGAGACUUGCACAAAGAGGAUACGAGUUGGAGAAGAAGGCGGCGUCGGGUCCGAAAGUUCCGCCGGCGUACCGCACGGUGCGUGCGGCGGACGGCAGCCUGGUGCAGCGGCCCGUGGCCUCCGUGCGGCCCAUGCAGCACGGCGCGCGCUGGAUCCCCGCCGACGUGUGGCGCCGCCAGGGCAUGACCGCGCAGGAGAUGACGCUGCCGCUGGAUGUCGUUAUACCAACAAAUUCAGCUGAAAAAACUAACAUAGUUCUUAAGGCGGGUCAACGAGUGAUGGUGUUGAAAUCGCCCAAAGGAAUUUAUAUGCAACUGGAAUCCGGAAAAAUUAUUGCGAUUAAAACGUCGCUUAAAGGCUUAGGACAAAAAGGGGCUGAUAAUAAAGAUAAUCCUAUAGGAAAGAAAGUUUUAGGCAGCCGACCAACUCCAGUCAACAUUCCUGGCUCUCUAAAAAAUAACUCUGCGAUCACGAUUACAUCUAAAACGGGACCUAGACCAGGAUAUCAUCGAAUUAUCAGACCUUCGCUUAAUAAAGUUUCGAGGCCUUCAAUUCAAGGCCAAAAAAUUUCUGAUAUAAGAAAUCGUUUAGGGGAAUUACGUUCAUAUUCUCCUGUGCGCGGUAAACUUCCUGUGUCACCGGCACGGAUGCUUAAACCUAACUUGCCAGGCUCGUUAAGCAUAACAAAAAUACCUAAAGAAGUCAAAAGACCUCACAGUGAUACUAACGCACCAGUUGUAUCCAAUACAACUGACGAACCUCAAGUAUUAGAUAGUGAUGAUGAAGAAGAGAAGAAUAAAGAACGAUGUUCACAAUCACCUAAAGAGAGUACUGAUAUGAAAGGUUCCGAUAUUAUAAAUACUAUGCCAGAAAAAGAUAAGAGUAAGGGUCAAAAAGAAGCAUCUAGUAAUGAAACUAUUGAACCAAUAGUGUUAACUACUGACGAAAAAUUACCAACAGAAGAAGCAUUGGAAAACAAAUCUUCUGAAAGUGAAAACAUAGAUACCCCAAUUAAUUUACAAACUAAACAAAGCGAUGACACUCCAAUGAAUCUCGUUAGUCGUAGUUCGAGCAAAAUUAAUUUAUUAAAAAACUAUAGGCAUCAACGGCCUAUGAAUCGACCUCAAAACGAAUCGAGUUUAAGUCAAUUAGAAAGAACGACAACUGCAUUAAAUAAAGAGGGACUUCCAGAUUUUCGCAAGAAUUUAGAUGAUAUAACGCAAUCAUAUUCACCCGGAACUGAAGAGAGAAGCAGCACGUCAAGAAAAAAGCGUUCGCCUAACAAAAUAGACAUUUCCGAUUCUCAGAAUGAUAGGCACGCUAAUAUGUCCCAUAGUGUUUCUAGUCUUCUUGGAACUGUUAGUAGUAACGUGUCGAAGUCAAGAGUGGGCGAUCACUCAUUAACAAAUUCGGUGCCACAUGCUUCACAACAAAGUCGAUUACCGAGUACAAGUAAUAUUUCAGGAAUGCCCCAAGAUCCACAUUCAUUGGCUUACAAUUUAGGAACUAAACAUCAAGCCUUGCCUACAAACAUUGGCUUAAUACCAACAGUCUCUCCAUCUCUUUGUAAUGACCCUUCAUCGAGAAGUGGAUCAGAUCCACAAAUUGCUAUGCCUACGAAUUCCAUGCCUCCUUCUAGCCAACCGUAUCCAACAGGCAACCCUCCGCCAGAUGGACCAUAUGGGCAAUAUCCAGGCUAUGGAAUGGGAUAUGGCGCUUAUCCGAAUGCGGCGUACUACGGCGGCUACGGCAGCGGGUACUACCCGCCGUACGCGGCGCACGGCGGGGCGCCACCGCCCUACACGGGGACUCCCCCGGCGCCCACGGAACCCUACCUACCCACAAAUCCACAGUGGUAAAGAAUACUUCGCAGUUAUGUGAAAUUGAAAGUUAUCGUAAUCGCGAUUAUUAUAAACGUUGAUUCUUUCUGCGCGAAAGAGUUAAUUAGGAUUUCGAGUGAAUGUCAGAGUGUCAAGUAUCGACUAGUGUAACUGCUUGGUCGUGGUUAAUUCAUAUUUAUGUAAUUUUGCCAUUUUAUAGUUUUUAUAGUGAUAUUUGUUUUAUAAAAAUAAAAUGGAAUAUAUUGUAACAAAUUCGGACGUCGCCGUCUCAUUUAAUUUGUGGCAAUCUCCUGCAAAUGAUUCGAUUCUCUAUUUUUAGUGUAAAUUAUUUUGAGAUUGACUGAUCACACUAAUUUAAUGAAUUGAAUUUUGUAUAUUAUCCUUUGCUAUAGAUUUAUAAAUUAAUAAAAAUGGUAUAAAACAUCUGAUGUAUCAGUACUUACUAGAUAAUAUGCGCGGAUUGUAUGAACAACAAGUAAUUUUAAAAUGUGAAUAAUUAAUUAAAACCUUAGAUUUAAGGUAUGUUAAAAAUCUCAAUAUUUCUAUGACGUAUACUCCAUUAAAGCAAAAGUUUUAUGUGA